UUUAAAUUCACUUUAAACAUGUGAACUUUCCCUUUCAAAAUGUUAUUUGGAAUUAUCUGUCUUUAGGUUGGUUUUAAUCUCUAAAAUGUGACACAUAAUUCUCAGUGUAACUCUAAACACGGGUCCUGUAACGCUGUAACGUGAGAUACCCACUGUGCUCCACUCCAGACGGGGACCCUGUAGGGCUGGAGGGAUGAGCUGUGGUAGUUAAAUCCUCUCAGGUGCAGCUGCUGGGCGCAGGCUCCUCCCCCAAACACCGACUGUCACUAGAACAGGAAGACUUCUCUGCUAGAGACUACUUCCCCGUAGUCACUCUGGGGUUAAAAAGUUACCUAAAGUUUCAGCAGUCAUGGAAACUCGUGUUGGACACAUCGCUGAUACCGGGCAUUCCUAACAGCGAGUCGUCGUUGCCGUUGUCGCUGUAACAGCUCGUUGAAGCGGGCAGAUAGGGGGUUUUCCGCUUUACCUGACUGUUAUUGUAGCCGACAAGCUAGCCGGGCUAAAGCUAACGUUAGCUCGUUUUGUACCGCUUAUUUCGGGGACUAAAAUUCACUCUGUCAAAGGAGUGGGUUGUUUUUUUUUUAAAGGGAAGUUGUAGAGUACCGUCCUUUUGGGUGUCUCUCAAACGCUACAGAUUGACCAUUGUCCUUAGCGUCCUGAGGACUUUUGGACUGCUUUGAAUUUCCCUCCUUCGGCGAAACGGUCAGGCGAGGGGGUUCUUUUGGCUUUCUACCAAAUCAUUAGCAAACGGUGCUAAUUGUGGCUAACUAGCAUACAGGCCCGGAGGGAUUCGUCCUCUUUUCGAUAACCUUUAUGUAUUUGUGCUGAAAGCGGGUGGAUUAAAAGCAACAAGUGUCCACUAGGAAGAAACUAGAUAAUUUAUUAAUAUGGAUCAGCAAUCAGGAAAUUCUGCCUCAGCGGCGGUGUCCAAGAAGGAGAAGAAGUCAAAGAAGUUCAACGAGGAUGGAGAUGGGAAAAAGAAAUUUAAACUCAAACGGCUGAUUCCCGAUGAGUUGGAGCGCUUCACCAGCAUGAAAGCAAAGAAAGACAAGGAGAAGCCCAGCCAGAUGCCAGGCCAGCGACAUUCUUCAGCCGCCAGCUAUGAGAUCAGUUCUCAGGGUGCCAUGCUGGAUGUUCACUCUGAUGAAUACGUCCUGGAACUUUUUGAGCAGAUGUUGGUGGACAUGAACCUGAACGAGGAAAAACAGCAGCCGUUGAGACAGAAGGACAUCUCCAUCAAACGAGAGAUAGUUUCCCAGUACCUCCAAAGAUCUAAAAAUGUCCUAGAACAGACGGAGAGUUCCAAGGCAGCGGUGAUGUACAUCCAGGAGUUAAAGUCAGACUACAGGGAGACACAACUUCUGAGCUGUCUGGAAUCACUACGAGUCUCACUCACCAGCAAUCCUGUCAGCUGGGUGCAGAAUUUUGGAAAUGAGGGUCUGGCUCUGCUUUUGAAUCGUCUGAGGAGGCUGCAGGAGGAGAAAGAUGAUGUCCCAGGGAUGGGAGUAAAAUGUCAGCAUGAGAUCAUUCGUUGUCUGAAAGCCUUCAUGAACAACAAGUAUGGCUUAAAAGCCAUGCUGGAGUCAGAGGAGGGAAUUCCUCUGCUGGUCAGGUCCAUGGUCCCCAGGGUACCAGUCAUGAUGGUGGAUGCUGUCAAGCUGCUCUCUGCCAUCUCCAUCCUGGAACAUCCAGAAAACCUUAAUGAGCGUGUUUUGGAGGCCAUGACAGAGGAGGCUGAGAGACGGGACAUGGAGAGGUUCCAGGCUCUCCUAACUGGAAUGAACAUUCAGAACAUUGCUCUGAAGGCUGGCUGCAUGCAGCUGAUCAACGCCCUGAUCAGUCGGGGAGAAGAGUUGGACUUUAGAAUACACAUUCGCUCUGAGCUGCUUAAAUUUGGACUAAGAGACAUGCUUAAGGAGUUGCGGAAGAUAGAAAAUGAGGAACUCAGGGUGCAACUCCAGGUGUUUGAUGAGCUGGCUGAAGAUGACUCUGAGGAGCUCAAAAUCCGUCUUGAAGAUGUUCGCAUUGAAAUGGAUGAUGUGAGGGAAGUGUUUGAGAUCUUAGUCAACACGGUGAAAGACUCCAAAGCAGAAAACCACUUCCUGUCCUUGUUGCAGCAUCUGCUGCUGAUCCGCAAUGAUUAUUUGGCCAGGCCUCAGUACUACAAGCUGAUUGACGAGUGUAUUGCUCAGAUCGUGCUUCACAAGAAUGGAGCGGAUCCUGAUUUCAAGUGCCGCAACCUCAAAUUCAACUUUGAUCACUUGAUAGACAACAUGGUGAAUCAGACAAAAGUGGAAAUCAGUGAGACAAAAGCCACCGAGCUAGAGAAGAAGCUGGAUGCAGAGUUGACGGCACGCCACGAGUUGCAGGUGGAGCUGAAGAAACUGGAGGGUGAUUAUGAACAGAAGCUGCUGGACUUGAGCCAGGAGAAGGAACAGCUGGUCACUUCUAAGCAGGAGCGAGAAAAGGAGAACCAGGCUCUACAGAAAGAACUGGGCUCGUUGCAAACCAAGAUUGAAAAACUGUCCAAGGAUCUAGAAGAUGCCAAAACUAAAGUUAUUACAGUUACUGUUCCUGUGCCAACACCUGGUUUGCCUCCACCUCCACCCGCCCCCCCUUUACCAGGCAUGCCCCCUCCACCGCCACCACCACCCUUGCCCGGCCAGACCUCUGUACCUCCACGCCCUCCUCCUUUGCCGGGUCAUGCUGGUCUUCCUCCCCCACCUCCUCCACCCCCUCUACCUGGCAUUCCGGGACCUCCACCACCCCCACCCCUUCCUGGCAUGCCUGUACCACCGCCACCCCCACCUCUACCUGGAAUGCCAGGACCUCCACCACCCCCGCCUCUACCUGGAAUGCCAGGACCCCCACCACCACCUCCCUUACCUGGAAUGCCAGGACCUCCGCCACCACCGCCGCCCCCUGGUGGUCCAGGUUUUCCUCCACCCCCACCAGGGCCAGGUGUACCUCCACCAAUGUGCUGGGGUGCCCCUGCACCACCUUCCCUGCCGUUUGGGCUCCAACCUAAAAAGGAUUUCAAGCCUGAGGUCCAGCUAAAGAGGGCAAACUGGAGCAAGAUUGGCCCAGAGGAUCUGAAUGAGAACAGUUUCUGGAUUAAGGCCAAAGAGGAACAAUAUCAGAGCAAUGAACUCUUUGCCAAACUCACCUUAACCUUCUCCUCACAAACCAAGACCAACAAAGGUAAGAAAUUCCCACAUUAUCUUAUUUAUCCCAGUUUUUAUUAUUUUUUUUUAAAUUUACAUUCAUCUUUUUGCUUAGUCAUUGAAACAGACAUUACACAUUAUUUUUUACAAAGCCACAAAUCACAAAGUUCAUGAAUUAUCCACUUCCACCUGGCGGUUCAGCCGUUCAUUGCACCCGUCACUUGUACAGAGACGGAACACUCGUCUCCGGAUAAGAUGGAUUGGGACACAGGAACGUAGGGAGAGGCAGACAAAGGAAAGAUGGUAUAGGAAGGGAUAAGGAGAAGGUCACUGAUGUCCUUUGACUAGUCACCAGCUGUUCUGGCACAAAGGACUGACACACACACCGACACUAACACACACCUGUCCACUUCUAUCACCUUGUCCCGGUGUCACUGAGCCUUCUGCUCUAACUCUUCAAUAUUCAAAUUCUGUCCAGGACAGCAGGAACUUGCAGACUGUGUGUGUGUGUGUGUGUGUGUGUGUGUGUGUGUGUGUGUGUGUGUGUGUGUGUGUGUGUGUGUGUGUGUGUGUGUGUGUGUGUGUGUGUGUGUGUGUGUGUGUGUGUGUGUGUGUGUGUGUGUGUGUGUGAGAUAGUAUCUGACCUUCACACACACACACUGUCCUAUUCAGGUCACAUACAUAAACAGGAGUGUGCGUACACACAUAGCUUAAGCUAGCUUUUGAUGGUAGUUAAAUGUCAGGGUUGGCAGCUGUCCCGUCUGCAUUCACCUGUAUAUCAAAUCCCAACGUCUGCCUGCCAGUCUAUAAUUUGACCCCCCCAACUCAGUUUGGCCCGUGCAUCCAUGAAUCCUCUCUUUAUUGGCUGAGACAGCCGCCUGUUCUGUGUGAUGUCUAAUAACCUUUUCUGAACGCUGUAUAUAAAGACACCAUGGCCUUUUCAUAGCCCCACACCUGUCUGUGUGGAUCAAGGUGGGGUGGAAUUGAGAGAGGGGUUGGAAGUGGAUGUGCUGGGGUUGUUGUUUUUCAGCAUGUUUUUAAGCAGCUGGAAUUGUAUUCUGGGGAAAAAAAUAAAUAAAUAAAUUUCUGGAUUUUAAUGAAACUUUGUAUACACAUUUUGUGAAUGUGACAGCACUGAUGCCCAAUAAACAGCCAGCUCUGGUCACAUGGACUGAACUUUCACCUCUUGUCCUUCAGUCGCUGUCUUAAACUCACACCUCAAGGCUUGAUGCAUUUCUUCAGAGCUCUCUGUCUCUUUAUCCCUCACAUCCAUCAGCUUGGUUACACUCCUCCCUCGUGCUCCUUUUGUGUUAACCAUUCCCCAGCUUUUAAAAAGAACAACAGACUAAAAUCACACCAAGUCACCACUGACCCACCCUGACCCCUCCUACUCAUCUUCAUCAGUUGCGCAGCAGCUAAAUGUGCAAGCGUGUACACACACACACACACACACACACACACACACACACACACACACACACACACACACACACACACGCACACGCACACACGGAACAGGGUCAUAUGCUUAAGGCACGGUCACUGGUGUUGACCUCUACUGCUUAGUAGAACAGCAGCCAACUGAUGGUGGGGGGAAACACCCCUUGGCUCCACACAGCUUUUGUAGCACUUUUGCACACACACACAGUAACUGUAUUUGUUUUAGUUUCUUUUGUGGAGAUGGUGGUGGUUUCAUUCAGUAUGUAAUUUAAACUAUAUAUUAUGCAUUCUUUUCCUCCUGCUAUUAUAGUAAACAUGCUGGGAAAACCCUAAAUACAUGUGCCUGCACCCUUUUUAAUUGCACUAACCUUUGUAGGAAUAGGAUUAUUUUUGUUGCAAACAUUGGUUAUUUUAUCAACAUAACAUUGGAGUGUUAAAUGUCUAGUUCACUGAAAAAACAUUUAUUAAUUUCUGAUUUCAAUCAUGUGAGUUUUUUCUGCAAGCUGAGCAUGAAAAUAGUUUCCUACACCUAUAUCCUGCAGUUGCUUCUGAUAGAAAAUAGACAGUGCAACUCUAGUGUUCAUUCCAACUGGAGGCCACAGCAAAUGCUUAAACGAGUGAACCACACCAUUAAGUUUUUAUUAAAGCUUCUUUCCGGAGCAUUUCUCUUAUCCGAUGUGUCGACAUAUAUACUGGACAAUUCGUGUCCAUAGGCUCCAAUUAAAAGUUUUUGUGCCAAAAUGGGAGGUGGCCACCACCGCCAUUUUGACCUUGUCACAGGUUCCGUCAAGCCCAGACAAUUCCAUAAAAGGGAAAAGAAGUGGAGCUGAGUGCGGGGCUGUAAGGCUGGGAUCAAAUGAUGACACCCGUCGAACUGAAGAGAUGUAGCUACAAGCUAGCCCAAAGCUAAUGCGGAAGUGGGAGCUAAGCUAACGGAGGUAGCUACCUAGCUACAACCAGAGUUAACUGUGCACAACACCGGAGCUUCUGGGUCAGAGAUGCACCGGGCUGACCGCUGGGUAAAACCAUCCGUCCGUCCGUCCAUCCGUCCAUCCAUCCAUCCAUCCAUCCAUCCAUCCAUCCGAGAGCUCCACAAGCCGGCAGCCCGCGCAGCAGACAGGCGCCGCUGCAAUCAGAGAUGCGCCGAGCUGCCGCUGAUGGGAUGGAGUCCACACCAAUAGUCGGAACCCAGCUCCACCAACGUCAUAUUUCAACCCAUUUUCAAAAAUGCAGCAUUAUGUUAAAUGCACUGGUUUUACCCUAUUAAAUUUAAAUGUCAUGGUUAAACAGUACAUGUUAAAAUCUAAGCUCAGCUAGUGCAAGAGCAGCAGUGACCUAAAAUACAUAAAUAUAAUUGUACUUACCGAAAAAAUGAAGCGGAGACUCUUUGGACGCUCUAUUAGUGCAAUUAAUGCCACAGCAAGUCAUUUUGUCCAACAAUUGCACAAACAACAUCCAAAAAGAAUACACAAACGGCACAACUAAUAGUCUAAGUUGAGAGACUGAAAAUCGCGGAGCAGUUUUAAAGCGAGGCCGAGGCUUAGGCUGAGGCCUUUCGCCGGCGCUAGCUCUGCAGUCACGUGGGUCUGAUGCUCAUUAAUUAUUCUGAAUUUUAGGCAUUUAAUACUCUUAAAAAGAAGAGUGACAAAAAAUUCACCCCCCUCAGAGUUGUCACGAGUAUGAACUAGAUCAAUUAAACCUAAAACAUGUUUUGGAACCAGGCUGUAAAUGUGCUUAUUUCUGCUGUGAAAUUUGUAUUUUUAACAUUGGAGUCAAUGAGGAUUUGCUCGCUUCUGGCACCAGCCCCCAGUGGAUGAGGGUGGAACUGCAAUUUUUGUCACUUCCCGUUUUGCUUCACAUCCAGACCCGAAUUAUGGGGACUUGAUCCAAUGGCACCAUCGAGUAGCUGACGAGCAUAUCACACAAAAACUCUGUUGCUCUGUUUGUUUAAGAUGGCGACUUCACAUUUCUGUUUAUGUGUGUGCUUCUGUAGCUUGACAAACAUAAUUAAAACACGUUUUACAAGUAUUAUUCUCAUGUCAUGUUGUGUUCUCAUAUAUUUAUAUUUUAGAGACAAUUACUUGUCCGUGAAAAGUUCAUCAACUCUGCAUCAGCCGAGGUAUUCAAGUCAAGUCAAAGUCAAGUCAAAGUCAUUUAUUGUCAUAUUCUCCACAUGUGCAGGACUUACAGAGAAAUGAAAUUCAGUUUCAGCACACACAAUUCAAAGAUCAGACAUACGUGGGUAAGACACAUAACAAGAAUUGGUGACUGCGGUCAUUCGCAACAUGAGUCGCGCUACCUUAAUAGUUAGAUGAAAAGGGUGUUACAUGAGGAAAGUUCAGGGAGGGGGAAAAAAAAGGCAUUAACAGGGUUACACCAGCAGGGUGUAGCACUCUAAUGCAAAAAAACACCCGACAUGGAAGCACAGACAGCACGUAUACAACAUCAGAGUCCGAUGGGGAGGUGGGGGUGGGCGGGAUCCUGAAGCCUCCAGUGGGAGCU